AGGGGCCGGGCGGGGGCGGCGGCGGCGGCCACGGCCCGGUUAAAGGAUCUAGAAUGGCAGGGGAACAGAAGCCAUCCUGUAAUCUCCUUGAGCAGUUUAUUUUAUUAGCCAAAGGCACCAGUGGAUCAGCUCUGACCGCCCUUAUUAACCAAGUGCUGGAGGCUCCAGGGGUUUAUGUCUUUGGAGAGCUACUGGAAUUAACAAACGUGCAGGAGCUUGCUGAAGGGCCUAAUGCUGCUUAUUUUCAAUUGCUGAAUCUUUUUGCCUAUGGAACGUACCCGGAUUAUGUAGCUAACAAGAAUAACCUGCCAGAGUUAACAGGGGCCCAGAAGAACAAGUUGAAACACUUAACGAUUGUCAGCUUAGCUUCCAGAAUGAAGUGCAUCCCCUACUCGGUGCUACUGAAAGACUUGGACAUGCGGAACCUGCGGGAGCUGGAGGACCUGAUCAUUGAAGCCGUUUACACGGACAUCAUCCAGGGGAAGCUGGACCAGCGGAACCAGGUGCUGGAAGUCGACCUCUGCAUCGGCCGGGACAUCCAGAGGAAGGACAUGCGCCAGGUCGUGAAAACCCUUCACGAAUGGUGUGAUGGGUGUGAAGCAGUUCUGUUAGGAAUUGAGCAGCAGGUGCUUAGAGCCAACCAAUGCAAAGAGAACCACAACCGAACCCAGCAGCAGGUAGAGACAGAGGUCACCAACAUCAAGAAGACGUUGAAAGCGACAGCGUCCUCCUCGGCCCAGGAGAUGGAGCAGCAGCUGGCCGAGCGGGAGGCCCCGCUGCACGCCGAGCAGCGGCAGCCCACCAAGAAGAUGUCCAAGGUCAAAGGGCUGGUCUCCAGUCGCCACUAGUGCCCCCGGCAGCAGCGGGAGGGCGCUGCUGGGGCCCACGUGCUUCUGGGAGGAGCUGUCCUGCCCGCCCGGGGGGCCCCGAGGCUGGGGAGCCUGACUGCCACCAGCGUGGGAAGCUUCCGGCCUUCUUGGCACCCUUGAGCCUCAGAGCGUUUUAUGCGGAACUCAUGGGCACGGUUGGUUAUUCUCAAACUAGGGGCAGGGGAGCGGAGCAAGGGGCCACUCCCGGGCCGUUCUGCGUGGGGGGCCGAAGCUGCCUUCCCAGCCUUUUGCAAGGGGCAGCCGUCCUUUUGCCCGGCUGCGUCACGGGGCACCCGAAGUUGUGGGUCAGCAAGAUUGGGCUUCCGGCUGGAGAGCUGGGGAGGGCGCCUGACUCCGCCACACCCCGAAGGGAAGGGAUGCCCCCGGCCACGGCCGUUCACUGCCACCUCAUUUCUUCCCUGUUCCUUCCGUGUUUAUCUUAACUCUCUACCUCACGCCGGGGGGGCCAGAGCUCGGGCCAGGCUCUGUUUACGUGCCCCCCUGCUUUGCUGACCGUCCCAGCCCAGGAGUUUGGCUGCUGGCUUGUAAAGCUUGUGUCUUGCAGCUCGGAAGCAGAGGAGGUUGCGGGCAGAGCGAAGUGGAAGGGGCAAAGCUGCUAUUUCAGUCUCCCCUUGCUUCUCCUCCUCUUGCCGGGCUGUUCUUACACAAUGCGGGGUUGCUGCAGUGGCGUGUUCUCCCUGUGUUCCAUGGUCGUGGUUCUCCCCUCCCCAAACUUCUGAAGUGUAACACAGUCAAGCCUCCCUGGGUGAACGUGAGCUCUGCAAAAGAGGUCCCCGCCUUGGCCUGCUGCACCAGAACCCUCAGAGAGGCGGCAGAGGUGUCCCAUUUUGGCCUCUACCAGGCUGUCAGAACUUGGACUCUCUUUGCUGGUUGUAUUUGAUCCCCCCCCCCUUUUUGUUGGGAUGCUUGAGCAAUUCAGCCUUUUUUUAUUUGAUAUUUGUUACAGAUUAAUUGAAAAGUGACUUGAUCAGAA